AUGGCAAUAGAAGACCAUUGGGGCAAUUGCACUUUCGAAACAAGCUAUGGGAAAACAACCCGAGCAGGUCUGCCAGGCCUUUCGCGGCAACAGGUUAUUGCAGCACCAGACCGAGCCCUAUUGAGAAUUUGGCGCAAGGAAGAACGUCCAUUUGGCCUCUAUAGAAGGUACACCCUAGUACUCCGUGGCGAGCACUGGCUCAACAAGGAAAAGGCCAUGUAUGAUCAAAUCUCUGGUAGGAAAGGGAGCCCGAAAGACAGGAUGGUCUCGGUAAUACAGAGCUCCUCAACGUGGAGAGCCCAGAUUAUGCUCCCGUUGCAUGCGGUCCUUGUGGACGUCAAACUUGUCGACCAAGUCAAGGAAGACGAGGUCAAGGUCCACCAUGUGGUCAACCCCGUGGUCCAGGCCCAAAUGCUGAAGCCAGCAAAACGCUCUCUGAGCACUAGGGUGAGGAGAACCUUGGACAUGCUCUGCCUUCAACAACCUACGUGUAUCGCCACGAUGUACUCUGGGAUAAGCUCAACCGGCGUAUUAGGUAUACGUAUGUACAUCCGAGAGAAGAGAGAUUUCACUCCGUCUCUCGCAUUUGCCCCCUUUGCGUAG